UGCAGGAUGUCGACGAGGCCUGAGUGGCGAGUGGCGAAGUUCGCCUGUGGUCUUCGCUCCUGAUGGCCCUGCUGCUUUUCCGACACCAUCACUGCCCCAGCCAACGCUUUGCCCGGUCCGUCCUCUCUCUCAAUGCGACCGCGCUUGCGUCCUCAUUGAUUCCGGGGCGGAUGCCCACGCGCACUUCCCACCUCUUCGCGCUCUAGUCUCGUCGCAGCAGCACAAGAGACCCGAGGCUGUGUUGCGCGGCGUGGGAAGUUUGGUGGCUAUGGUGAUCGUGACGGUAGCUUAGCUCCGGGGUGGAUUUGUUUCGUGGGUGGUAGUUGGGGUACUGGAAGAGUUGCUGACGUUUCUGCUGGUCGGGUGGUGGGUGGUGGGUCUGCAUUGGGACUGGGGAGGAGGAGGAGGAGGCGAAGGGGUGGGCUUGAGCUGUGGACGAUUUUUAUGGUUUUUGUGUCGGUGGUUUCGACUGGAGUGGUGUAUCGAGGAUUUGACGAGAGUGAGAGAGAGCUGGUGAUCUUUGGUGCAACUUGGUUCUAGUCGUAUUGUUAUAGUACAGAGUUAUUUGGCAUCUUGGAGAUGCGGCACUUUCGCCGCAACUUUUCAUCCCGUCAUUAUUUGUAGUUCGCUGUAGAUCAUUUGGGGGCAAGAGCAGCUCAAGCAAAAGCGUUCUUUGAUGAAAACGUCGGCGCUAAGCAGAUUCCCUUCAAACCAUGAGUUUGGUUUGUGAGAUUGGGGAAGUGUGAGGAGGACGAGGAGGAGGAGGAGGAUGUGCCUUGGUCGCUACCGCGUGAAUGUAAUUCUGUACUGCGGUUCUGCGUGCAGACAAUGACAGGUUCUUGAUGUUGUAUUGGCGGGAUAUGACAAGAGGGUGUUAGAUUUCAGAGGAAUAGUGGAUGGAUUGGUGAUUUCGAGAAGUUUUCUUACUCGCAUUUGGCUUUGAAUUUUCAGAAAUAUCGCGCAUAGCAGGUUUUAUUUUUUUUAUUCCCUGUAUCAAGUUGGGGCUUGUACUUUGGCCGGCUCCUGUUACUGGCAAUCAUUUGAUGGGAAAUCGGAGCCUGCAGAGAAGACUUUUUAAAGAUGUAUAGGCCCUCGUCCUUGCUGUCCAACCCCCCCAACCAGGAUUUCAGCUUGAGGGGAGGAAGCGAUGAAGACAACUUGGAUAAUUCCCUGGAAGCAGAACGCAGAUAUUUCAAGCUCAGACCAGGGUUUGCAACUAGUGAUCAAACAAUGGAGCUCUGUAAUCCAUACCACGAAGAUCGCAAUGUGUCACAAGACGAGCGAGAUUUUAAUCCAAGCAGCGUCACCUUUGAAUGGUUACGACAGGCAGAAAGCGCAAGUUUAUAUGGAGGAUCAGAAGACUAUACACGACCAGUUUUGCAUCACGUGAGAUCAUGGGGACGAGAGGUAGUCAGGGAGAAACCAUUUAGUGUAAUCCACGAAUUCGACGCAUGGCGCAAGAACCCAGAGCUUGCCGAGGCAGUGGCAGCGAUUAAAGCAUUGACGGCUGUCAUCAAGCGGAGCGGGGCAUCGACGAUGAUGGGUCUGGAGGUAGAGCUGAAAGAGGCCUCAGAUGCUCUAAAGGCCUGGGAUGAGAGUUCUAUAUCACUGUCUGCAGGUUGUGACCUGUUUAUGCGUUACGUGACCCGCACCUCAGCAAUUGAAUACGAAGAUAUCGAAGCUGGCAAGGCCCGCUUAAUUGAACGAGGGGAGAAGUUUGGCGAUAUCUCUCAGAAGGCUCGAAGGACAAUUGCAGAACUAGGAAAGGAUUUCAUAGUUAAUGGAACGACUGUUUUGACCCACGGAUACUCAAGAGUUGUUAUAGCAUUGCUGAAGUUGGCAGCUUCAGAGGGGAAAGAUUUCAAUGUCGUCUGCACAGAAGGCAGACCUGACAAUACUGGAGCAGAGAUGGCAAAGGAGCUUGUGCCAGCUGGCAUACCUGUUACAUUAGUCCUGGAUGCAGGUGUAGCAUAUAUGAUGGAGACCAUUGAUAUGGUCCUAGUCGGAGCCGAUGGGGUUGUGGAGAGUGGUGGCAUCAUCAACAUGCUCGGCACUUACCAGACCGCAUUAAUUGCUCGCAGUUUGAAGAAGCCUGUCUAUGUUGCAGCAGAAAGCUACAAGUUUGCACGGCUUUUCCCUCUCGAUCAGAGGGAUAUGUCACCCGCCCCUCGCCAUGUGGACUUUUUGGUCCCGCUACCUCAGACAGUGCGUGUGGAGAACUCUGCCAGGGAUUACACUCCCCCUCAAUACCUCACUCUACUCUUCACCGACUUAGGAAUUUUGACUCCAUCAGCUGUGAGUGAUGAGCUCAUUCAGCUUUAUCUUUAACCAUUUCCAUUUCUCUUUUUCUUUCUCUUUUGUACUGGGGUCAAUGGCUUGAUCAAACCCUCUUUUGUUCACAACGCUUUGGGGAGAGAGAAGCCUCAUUCGCUGCCGUACUUGGGCUUAUAUGUUAUUCAAGUCUAGCCACACCUUCAAAGCAAUGAGGCUUGAAAACCAGCAGGAAGGCUAUCUGUUACUGCCCAGUUCUUGGCGAGUGCUUGGAAGACUAGGAGCAUCUGAGGUUUCUGGAGUCCUUACUUUCACAAAGUCGAGAAGUGCGUAUCUUUGAGGUGGGCUGGCAGCUUCGGAUAGUGUCAAGAGUCCCAUGUAUCGUAGAGGUAGAGCAGUUUUUGCCCUUUUUCUUUCUACUUUAUUAUUAGUAUUAUUACUGUUGUUAUCAUUAUGGUUUAGUUUAUGGAGGUAUGUGACCCUACAUGACGUUUUGUAUCUGGUCCACUUGAUGGAGGCGGCUGGAGUGGGAGAGCAUGGUCCUUGCUGCGCCCCUGCUUUGGAUAUAUUGAAACAGAAUGAGUUAUCCUUUUUUA